AUGUCAUUUCCAGCAUCACCGACAGGGGAUUCACCGCUUGGAGUUCCUCACGAUGCGAUUGUCGCACAGAAACAAGGACAAGCUAUUUUGAUCUGGACAAUCGGAGCGUUUUGCAUUUUUGGAUGGGAUUACAUCGUCUGUCUUCCUCGAGAAUAUCAAUUAGUUUGGAAAAGGCCCAAAAACUUGUCAACUGCACUGUAUUUAACGAAUCGAUAUUUUGGGAUAGUGCAAUUUUCUAUCGUCGUAUCGUUAAUUUCAGGAGCAUGGAGUUUGUCAUCUUGCCAGCGGAUAUUUUUCUUUCAGCCUGUUGCAGGCUUAAUAUCCACCAUCAUUUCUCAACUCAUUUUAGGAGGAAGAGUCUAUGCAAUAUUCUCAAAAAGCAACACCAUUGGUAUACCACUUCUGACAAUUCUUGUGGUCGAGGCUGUCAUCUGUGCAGUCGCUAUCAGCAAGAUUCCGCCAUCAGCACCUGUCGGACUAUCUGGAACACCCCAACCUCAGUGUGGUGUUCUCAUUGGACCAUUUGGAUGGCUGGUCACAUUCUGGACGAUGCCAUUACUCUUUGAUACCAUUACAUUUGUGCUGACGGCGUGGCGGGCGUACGACAUGUGGAAAAAAGAGUUGAAUAUUGGAACUCACGGGUUAUUCAAGAUUAUUUGGCGCGAUGGGCUGAUUUAUUUCUUUGCAAUCUUCUCUAUGAACACCAUAAAUGUUAUCAUAUUUUUGACCACAGCAAAACCAUUGCGAGCCGUCAAUCUUCCGGCAACGCUCAUUCUCCAAGUCGUUUUAUCCUGUCGCCUGGUACUAAACCUCAGAGAGUCACAUACUCUCUCCAGCACGGGGUCCAGUCGGGUCAAAGUGAGCGGUAGCGUGAAGCUACGCUCUGUAACUUCUCAUGGGGGAAUAUCGUCCGGUCAAAAACGCAUCCAGAUGGAUGAAUUUAACAGAACAACAAGCUCAAAGGAUGUCCCCGACAGUGGUUAUACCCCUGACGCUAAAGGCGGCCAUCUGCCGGAGACAUGGAGUCCUGUAUAG